AUUGCGUAACAACAAUUCUUUUUAAUUUAAGAAGAAUUUGAUUUUCAGAUGCAAAAGGUUAUAUUUAAAUUCCUACAAUACAAUGUGAUGUUGAAGUACAAAUGCUAGGUACUGUAUGUAAAUAACUGACAGAUUAGUUAAACGUUUUAAGUAUAUUUUAAAAGAAAUGUUCUAUGAUUUUUGUUUUAUAAAGUAACACUAUGUACAGAUGCUACAUACAUACCAGAGAAGAAAUUUGCUGUGAUUUUAAAGUUUGAAUUAUUUAAAGCUUUGGGGUAUAAGUUAUUAAUGAAAUACCUGUAUAAAAUGUCACCGUUUAAAAUGGAACCUACCAUAUUACCAAAAACAAUGCAUCUUUCAAGCUCACCAGUAAUUCUUGGUACCCCUCAGAGAAUGGUUGCUAGCACACAAAUUUUGAAUAAUAGUCCAAGAACGCCUCAACAUUUAUUGUCUCCGAUUGUGGAUCAUUCUGGAACGUGGUCAGGAAAAAGAUGCCAUGAAUUGGGUGACUCUGAAUAUUCAGAAAGAAAAAGUAAAAGAAUUUUCAAAAAGAAAUUACAUUUUUUGAAAAGUAAAAGAAGUAAAAAGGGAGAGAAAGGUGGAAAAGGUUUACGGCAUUUCUCCAUGAAGGUAUGUGAAAAAGUUCAAAAAAAGGGAACUACCUCUUAUAAUGAAGUGGCAGAUGAACUUGUUGCAGAAUUUACAGAUCCUCACAGACAUAUGUCACCUACAGACCAAGCGUACGAUCAAAAAAAUAUCCGGAGACGUGUUUACGACGCAUUAAAUGUUCUCAUGGCAAUGAAUAUUAUAUCUAAAGAAAAAAAAGAAAUUAAAUGGCUUGGUUUACCCACAAAUUCUGCACAAGAAUGUCAUAAUUUAGAGCUUGAAAAACAGAAAAGAAUCGAAAGGAUACGAUUGAAAACACAACAGCUGCAGGAUUUAAUUUUACAACAAAUAGCAUUUAAAAAUCUAGUGGAACGCAAUAAAGAUAAAGAGAAACAGCAAUGCUGGCCACUAGGGAAUUCGACCAUUCAAUUGCCCUUUAUUAUUGUCAAUACUAGUAAGAAAACUGUGAUCGAUUGUAGCAUCUCUAAUGACAAGAUGGAAUAUUUAUUUAAUUUUGACAACACAUUUGAAAUACACGACGAUAUCGAAGUGUUAAAGAGAAUGGGACUAGCAUUAAAUCUCGACACGGGAAAUCCAUCUUCUGCCGACAUUGCAAAAGCCCGACUGAUGGUUCCAAAGUCUUUGGAAUCCUAUAUUGUUCGUAAGUGUUUGAAUUUUACCAAAAUAUAUAUUUCUGAAAUAUAAUUAAAAUUUAUUAUUUAAAUAAUAGCAGCA